UGUAUAUAUAGAGCAAAGAACGAAGAGUUAUGGAGAUAUGUUGGAGAACAUAGGACGAUAUAAACUAGGCUGUAAAACAACAAUUUAGAGAAGAGGGAUGGAACUGUCUAGCUCAUUGGUGUUGGUUUUAAUCCUGGUCGUGUUGAUGGUGGUCAGGUGGAAGAGGAAGGCGAGUGGACUUUCUUUGCCCCCGGGGCCACUGGCACUGCCACUGGUUGGCAACUUACCAAUCAUGGACAAGCGUGCACCCUUUAAAAGCUUUAUGCAGUGGAGCAAAACCUACGGGUCUGUGAUGACGGUGUACCUCGGGUCCCAAAGAAUGGUGGUUCUGGUAGGUUACGAUACAGUGAAAGAGGCUCUAGUGGACCAGGCGGAACACUUUACAGGCAGAGCACCCAUUCCCUUUCUGAUCAAAAUUAUGAGAGGCUAUGGUUUGGCCAUCAGUAAUGGAGAUCGCUGGCGUCAGCUGACGUUCACUCUCACCACGCUGAGGGAUUUUGGAAUGGGGCGCAAGCGAAUGGAACAGUGGAUUCAAGAAGAGAGCAGACAUCUGCUGAAGAGCUUUGAGGAAACCAAUGCAACACCAGUUGACCCAGUCUAUUUCCUGAGCCGGACGGUGUCCAACGUGAUCUGUUCCCUGGUGUUUGGGCAGCGCUUUGAUUAUGAAGACAAAAACUUCCUGCACUUGCUCCAGAUCAUCUCCAGGCUCCUGCGCUUUGUCAGCAGCCCCCAGGGUCAGCUGUACAACGUCUUCCCUAAACUAAUGCAUCUCUUGCCUGGUAGACAUCAUGGCAUGUUUAAAGAGAUAGAAGAUGUCAAAGCCUUCGUCAUGCAAAAAAUCAAGGAACAUGAGCAGAAUUUGGAUUUCAGUGACCCAAAAGACUUUAUUGACUGUUUUCUUAUCAGACGCAAACAGGAGAAAGACAAUCCUGACACAGAAUUCCACAAGGAUAACAUGUUGGCAACUGUUCUGAACCUGUUUGUAGCUGGUACAGAGACCACCAGCACAACUAUCAGAUAUGCCCUAAUGCUUUUGAUCAAGUACCCCCACAUACAGGAGCAAAUGCACAGGGAGAUUGAUCGAGUUAUUGGACAGAACAGAAUCCCUACAAUGGAUGACAGGAAGUCCCUCCCCUUCACUGAUGCUGUGAUUCAUGAAGUACAGCGCUAUCUGGACAUUGUUCCACUAAAUGUUCCACAUUAUGCAACACAUGACAUCUUGUUUAGAGGUUACAUAAUACCAAAGGACACAGUAAUUAUUCCCAUGUUACACUCUGUCCUGAGGGAUGAGGGACAGUGGGAGGCCCCUUGGACAUUUAAGCCAGAGCACUUUCUGGAUGCCAACGGCAACUUUAAAAAGAAUCCAGCUUUUAUUCCCUUUUCUGCAGGUAAACGCUCUUGUGUUGGUGAAUCUUUGGCACGUAUGGAGCUCUUUCUGUUCAUCGUGUCUCUGCUUCAGAAGUUCAAGUUUAGCAGUCCAAAGGGUCCAGAUGGAGUAGACCCCAGUCCUGAACUCAGCAGCUUUGGCAACAUCCCUCGAUUCUAUGAUCUUAUUGCAUCCCCUCGCUGGGCAACAUAGAUAUUCCACCUUGUCUUAUUUUACAAAAAUGAGGACAUAUUUGGACUUCACAUUAAUGUCAUAUUUGAUCAAAUCAGAGCACCAAGUAUUAAUUACUUUAGUACAAAAUUUCAGGCCGUCUAUCUUUGGGCCAUCGUGCAUUGACAGGGAAGCAAAGCUGAAUUACUGCUGUGUAUGGAACGUGUUGUAUAUAGAAAUUUUUGUGCCUUACCUUGUCUAAAAUUGCAUGAGAUAAAGACUGUUUCCUGCAAAAGAAUGUAUUUCUGCAUAAACUCACAGCGUGAACAGGUCAUUUACUCGAUUGGUCAUUUACUGAUUUUGAAAACCAUUGAUGGAUAAUUCAAACUUUCCAUUAUUUUGCCAUUAUUGUUGAUAUCACAAACUAUGCUAAAUAUGUAAUUAUUAAAAUGUUUUACUUUCUAAAUUGAAAUAAAUAACUAAAUUUA